AGGAGGCAGGGACAGACCAGACCAAGUCGUGCUCUCGGAGCGCGAACGGCCGGCGCUGUGCGGCCCUACGGGCCCGCAACAUGUUGCAGGGGCUUCUUCUGACCGCCACUUUCCUCCUUUCGCCAGUUCCAGUAAAUGCUAUCAAAGAACUCCCUGGAGUAAAGAACUAUGAAGUGGUUUAUCCCAGAAGACUUCAUCCACUACAUAAAAGAGAGGUCAAGGAGCCAGAGCAACAGGAAAAAUUUGAAACUGAAUUGAAGUAUAAAAUGACAGUUAAUGGGAAAAUCGCAGUGCUUUACUUGAAAAAAAACAAGGGUCUCCUUGCACCAGGUUAUGUGGAAACAUGUUAUAAUUCCACUGGAGAGGAGGUCACCACAAGUCCACAAAUCAUGGAUGACUGUUAUUACCAAGGACACAUCAUUAAUGAAAAAGUUUCAGAUGCUAGCAUCAGCACAUGUAGGGGUCUAAGGGGCUACUUCAGUCAGGGAGAUCAAAAGUACUUCAUUGAACCUUUAAGCCCCACAAAUCAGGAUGGACAGGAACAUGCACUCUUCAGGUAUGAUCCUGAUGAAAAGACUAACAGCACCUGUGGGAUGGAUGACAUAUUAUGGGCACAUGGAUCUCGGCAGAGUGUGGCUCUACCUGCCACCGGUCUGGUGAAAUCCAAACACCAGAAGGGUCUGGAACAUAAGAAAUACAUAGAAUAUUAUUUGGUGCUGGAUAAUGGUGAGUUUAAAAAGUACAAUCAAGAUCCAGAGGAAAUAAGAAAGAGGGUGUUUGAAAUGGCCAAUUAUGUCAACAUGCUUUACAAAAAGCUCAAUACUCAUGUGGCCUUAGUUGGUGUGGAAAUCUGGAAUGAUGAGGAUAAAAUAAAGAUAACCCCAAAUGCAAGCUUCACCUUGGAAAAUUUUUCUAAAUGGAGGGGAAGUGUCCUCCUCCGAAGAAAACAUCAUGAUAUCGCUCAGUUAAUCACAGCAACAAAACUUUCUGGAACAACCGUGGGCCUUGCUUUCAUGUCUACAAUGUGCUCUCCUUAUCAUUCUGUUGGCAUAGUUCAGGACCACAGUGACAACAUGCUUAGAGUAGCAGGGACCAUGGCCCAUGAAAUGGGCCAUAACUUUGGAAUGUUUCAUGACUCCUAUGUUUGCAAGUGCCCUUCUACAAUAUGUGUGAUGGACAGAGCACUAAGCUUCUAUAUACCUACAGACUUCAGUUCCUGCAGCCGCAUCAGCUAUGACAAGUUCUUCGAAGAUAAAUUAUCAAAUUGUCUUUUCAACGCUCCCUUGCCCACAGAUAUCAUAUCCAUCCCAAUCUGCGGGAAUCAGUUGGUAGAAAUGGGAGAGGACUGUGAUUGUGGGACUCCUGAGGAAUGUACCAACAUUUGCUGUGAUGCUAAAACUUGUAAAAUCAAAGCAAGUUUUCAAUGUGCAUUAGGAGAAUGCUGUGAAAAAUGCCAGUUUAAAAAGGGUGGUGCAGUGUGCAGACCAGCAAAAGAUGAGUGUGACCUGCCAGAAAUGUGUGAUGGCAAAUCUGGUAUUUGCCCUGAUAAUAGAUUCCGAGUCAAUGGCUUUCCCUGCCAAAACGGAGAGGGCUACUGCUUGAUGGGGAUGUGCCCCACGCUGCAGGAGCAGUGCACCCACCUGUGGGGACCAGGGACCAAGGUUGCAGACAAAUCAUGUUAUAGCAGGAAUGAAGGUGGGUCAAGGUAUGGGUACUGUCGCAAAGUGGACGACACACGCAUUCCCUGCAAAGCAAGUGAUGCCAUGUGUGGGAAGUUGUUCUGUCAAGGUGGGUCAGAUAAUUUGCCCUGGAGAGGACAUAUAGUAACUUUCCUGACAUGUAAAACAUUUGAUCCUGAAGACAACAGUCAAGAAAUAGGCAUGGUAGCCAAUGGAACUAAGUGUGGAAACAAGAAGAUUUGCAUUAAUGCAGAAUGUGUAGAUAUCGAAAGAGCCUACAAAUCAACCAAUUGCUCCUCCAAGUGCAAAGGACAUGCUGUGUGUGACCAUGAGCUCCAGUGUCAGUGUAAAGAAGGAUGGGCCCCUCCUGAUUGUGAUGACUCCCCAGUGGUCUUCCACUUCUCCAUUGUGGUUGGGGUGCUGUUCCCUGUGGCCAUGAUAUCUGUGGUGGUUGCUAUAGUAAUCUGGCAUGAAAGCACCAGAAGAAAGCAGAAGGAAGUCCAGAGGCCACUUUCUACUACUGGCACCAGGCCUCGCAGACAGAGGAGGACCCCACUGAUGGUGAAGGAUAUUCAGCCCCAAGAGAUGAGUCAGAUGAAGCUCCAUGCACCUGAUCUGCCAGUAGAGAGCAAUGAGCUUCCAGCUUCUGUUCUAAUUACAAAGCCAGAUUUUCCACCACCACCGAUUCCUACGUCUGUGUCAUCUUCUUCUUUCCUUCAUAAUGCCACAAAAGUACUUCCCUCUACUGUUUUUAAGGAUAAAAUAAUGUCAACACCUAAGGGUUCCAAUCCAAAAAUCUGAAGCAUUGACUAAGCAAGGAUGGGUGCAGUAAUGAUCUACUUGGAAGAUUGGAUAAUCUGGAUGGAAGAGAAAUAUACUUACUUCCUCCUUAUUAUUUGCUCUUGAUACUCAAGAUGUUAACAUAUCUUGAUUCAUCUUGUACUUUGAGGAGACUAAACAAAAAUUUUCGAGAGAGACACUCUUGAGAAUCUUUGUAUGAAUUUACAAUUUCUAUCUUCCAUACUCAUGGGAAAGAAAAGGACUCUAAACAAACAGCUGUGGAUCUGAAAUCUCUAAUUAGGUGACUUUCUUAGACAACCCUCCUUUUCUUACUAUGAUGUUGACUAAUAUUUCCUCAAAUAUUUUGAACAUCUUAAUUUUCUCAUUUAGUAAGAAACAAUUUACCCUCUAAUUAAAACAAACAAACGAAAAUCCCCAGGAAAUCACAGGAAACUGGGAGGGAUGGAAGAAAACCCUAUGUUCCUCAUUAGAUGACUAGCAGCAUCUUGACUGUUUUAACCAUAAACCUGUCAAAUUAGAAUGGUAAGAACAAAAUUAUAUAAACAAUCUCUGAUUUAUAUAACUUUUUCCUACAUUAUCUUUUGCAAUCCUUAUUAGCUGUGUCAUUUGAAAUUUGCUACAAGUGAAUAAAACUUUAUUAAUUAAAAUUUUUUCACAGAAAUUUGUACAAUUCAGUUACUGGCAAGCUUAAAGUGAACUUCACUUUCUACGUGGAGAAAGUUUUAAUUACAUAAAUUAAUAGCAUAAACCAGAGGUUGUCAACUGGUAGCUUGCCGGACAUAUCUGGACUACAGAUUUAAUUUAUUUGGCCGGGAUGAUUUUGGUCAUAAAGUAUUUUAAAAAUGUUUUGAAUUUGUGGUCAGUAUUUAAAAAUUGGGAGAUCUUGCAUAAACAUCCAGAUUUCCAGCUUUGUAAAAGUAAUCAAAUGGUUUGGCAGCACUGGAAUCACAUUGCCGAUAGCAACCAUUAGCUUAGUUGACUGAUGUUGGAAUAAACAUUGUUGGUUGCCUUCCAAACAACUUUCUUCCUUCUUGUUUUCAGAACACCAGUUUUAUUCAGUUGUCCAUAUUUUAGAAAAAGGCAAACCUGAUUCCAUCUCCAGGUUAAAUCUCUAUCGUUUCAAAUCAGUCAUAAUAAUCUUAUUUCCCUUACUAGUGAUUGAUUUGGUAAGUGUAUGACUCCCCCCCUUUUCUUUGCCCAUGAAACAAGAGAAGAGACAUGUUGUGAAAUUUUCACAAACGGUAUUCUGUCCCUUCUUCUGGAUGUUGGGAUCUGGAUAGCCUAUCUGAUAGUGUUGCAACCAUGUUGUGAUUAUGAUGUCAAGGUUGAUAUAAUAAAACCUGGUCUCUUAAAGAUGUCAUUGAAUUGGUAGAUUAAUAACUGCUGGAGUUACCCUAAACUUUGCUGGGAUUUCCUAUUAUGCAAUCAAUAAAAUUUCCUUAUUGU